AUGCGCAGUCUCACGCUGCCUUCUGAGGUAGAGCGCAUCUGUGAGAUCCCGCCUUUUCGUGUUUGUGGGCGGGCCAGGAAUGGCACAGGCGAGGACAGAGACGCGCAAGGGCGGGACCGAGGGUCUCCGGAAAGGAAGGAGCUGACGCUGCGAGACCUGCCGGAGGACACCUUGCUGGACGUGCUGUCCUGGGUCCCCAAGCGGGACCUGAUCCACAGCUGCCGGCUGGUUUGCAAACGGUGGCGUUACCUGGUGGACCUGCCGGUGGUCUGGAAGCGGAAAUGCGAGCGCCUGGGCUUCUGCCUGGAGCAGCCGGAGGGCGGCCUCCAGGACUGGAGGGUCUUUUUCUUCAGCCUGAGCAAGAGGAAUCUCCUGAGGAACGUUUGCGGGAGAGCGGGGCUGAGGUACUGGGAGCUUCGUCCCGUGGACUGGAUGGCGGACUGGAUGGCUGAGGAUCUCCCGAGAGGCUUCAAGAGGCAUUUCCCCAAGAUAUUUAAAAAGAAGAACAAAUCUCCUCUUCCAGACACCGUCUGGACUUGCUUCGUACCAACGUGGCACCAAAUUGGCGGUCUGAGGUUUUUUGUCAAGAAGAGCCAACGUAUCACCUUGGAGGACAAAGGGCUCCAGAACUGGGUAAUGGAUGAAUUUAGGCCCCAAAUCACGGUAAAGGAUUGGUAUUUUAACGUUGACAACUCCCAUUACCAGCUGACAGUGAAGCUGCUCUCCGCCGACCUUCAAGUCCUCCAAGAAUACUGCAAGAUGUUUGAAGUCCGAGAAAGAGUGCCUACUGUGGAAGAAUGGCGGGAGGUUUUCUACACCUUUGAAAACUACCCGUCUGGCGUGCGCUAUAUCGAUUUUGAACACAGAGUGGGCUGGCGAUCAGCAGUGAAAGUAACCAACAGCAGUAUUACAGUCGAUCUAGUAUGAUGAGGACGCAGCCUAGUCUGGGGCUCUUGAUUUAGCACUUUUAAGCAUUUCUAUCAUUUGGGGGGGGGGAUUUUCUCUGCUUUGAGUAACUGUUCUCUGAAGCUGUAUGUUUACACCUAUACACAAACCAUGAACGGUGCUGAAUAUUACACGGGAUAAAGGCAAUAUUUUCAGGACUUGGGGGGGACGGCAAACGGGAGAGAUCGUGAAGGUAAUUUGUGGACUGUGGCCCAUUAAAUUUCGGGUGAGACAGUGAGAGAGGCUCCUUUUGCACACACUUUCCCCGAGGCGAAGCACUGACUUCACAAGCAGCGUCGAAACAAGUUUUUAAAAACAGCAGGAACAAAUGCGAAGCCGGAGCACACGCAGGGAACAGGGAAGUUUUAUUUUUUGUGUUAAAUGCCUCGACUGCAACUCGCUAGUUAUUGAUAUUCACUAUUAAUUCUUAGCUUUCUCCUGUAGUCUUUUGUUGCAAAUUCAGAGUCUGGUUUUGAUCUGAAUAUUUUAAAAGUAAGAACUUCCAGGCCAAGUUGUUGAAGGUUAUUUUAGGUUGUUGACUAAGCUGAUCCCCUCAUGCGGAGCGCAGGAAAUGGUUAACAGUGAUGAGAAAAGUAUGAAAGGAACCACCUCUUCUUUGGAAUCUCCUUGCCAUGAAUGUCUGCUCAGGCGCUGCUCUUAUUCUCAGUUUUCCACAGUUGAAAACCCUUUGUACGUGUCUCGUGUCUCUUGCUGUCCUCUGAUGUUUCUGAAUUAUUUUGUAAAAUUAAAAUCACUCGGGAUUUUUUUACACUGGGCUCUAAGCU